AUGGACCCCCCCCGCUCGCCCUUCGAAGCCCUUUAUGGAGAACUUUGGGACUCUUUAAAUCGAUUUGAUUCUUUGAUGCAGCAGCACAGCUUUUUCAGUCCGGGUUUUUGGUGGCGGCCGUACCGCAGCAGCGAGGCGCAGCAGCAGCAGCAGCAGCUUGCGCAGCAGCAGCAGCAGCUGCAGGACCACCAGCAGCGGCAGCUGGCUGGGGCGGGGCCUGCCGGUGCGCAGCAGCAGGGGCUGCUGUCUCCGUGGAGCAGCAGCAGCAGCGGGCUGCUGCAGUGGCCCGCCAGCAGCAGCAGCAGCAGCAACUGGUUCUCCCACAGCAGCUGCAUCCCGCGGCUGGACAUCCGAGACACGGGAGACAAUUUGCUGCUGCAUGCAGACUUGCCGGGACUUGACAAGAAAGACAUAAAGGUGGAGACGCAGAACGGGAGACUGAUAAUCCGCGGCCACAGCAGCAGCAGCAGCAGCAGCAGCAGCAGCCCGCAGCAGCAGCAGCAGCAGCAGCAGCAGCAGGACGGCCGCUGGUUCGUGCAGGAACGCUGCAGCAGCAGCUUCUUCAGAAGCCUCCCGCUGCCCCCCGAGGCGCAGCAGGAAAAGAUAACAGCAAAUUAUAAUAAUGGAGUUUUGGAAAUUAAAGUUCCGAAGAAUAACACUUCCCAAACAACUCCAAACUCCCGGCAGCAGCAGCUUCAUCCUCAUCAGCAGCAGCAGCAUCCCCAGCAGCGUCCCCAGCAGCAGCAAGAGCAACAGCAGCAGCAAGAGCAACAGCAACAGCAACAGCAGCAGCAACAGCAGCAGCAGCAGCAGCAGCAGCAGGCGAUGCGCGCUUUGCUGUUGGGCGUUUUAAGCGGCCGUUUGCCUUUGGGUUUGUGGAGUGUCUCUUCGCCAAUAUGCCGCCCUAGAGGCCCACCCCGCAGCAGCAGCAGCAGCAGCAGCAGCAGCAGCAGCAGCGAGGGCCUCUACAGGCUGGCUGGCAGCCCCAAAGAAGGCCUCGAAGCAGCAACAGAGUUUGGGGCUUUUCUAGCAGCAAAUUUAAACGGCCAAGAAGUGACCCUUUGCUACAUUUCCCUGCUCGCAGGGUCACUUCACUCUGUGCGGCUGCAUGCGCUGUCUCUGGGGCACCCAGUGCUGGGGUGUACGUACACCGCAACUUGCCGCAGCUUCUGUGGGGCCCCACAAGCAGCUGUGGGGCCCCACAUGCAGCAGCAGCUGCUGCUGCUGCACUCUCAACUCGCGAAGCAAACCCGAGACACUCACAGCGGACACAAGCAGCAGCAGCAGCAGCAGCAGCAGCAGCGGCAGCAGCAGCAGCAGCAGCAGCAGCCAGUGAUGUUGUUUCCUCUGUGGAUCUCUGAGCCCUGGGGAGACCUAAACUUGUGGAGGGAAAAAGAAACAAAAAAAGAAAAUAAAAAAAAGAUUUUUUUAAAUGAAAGUUUUUAUCCUCUUUUGCAUGCAAUCUCUCUCCAAACAGACAAAGGGCCCCUCACUCUAGCAGCAGCAGCAGCAGCAGCAGCAGCAGCAGCAGCGGCAAACGCGCCCGCUAUUGCUGCGGGGACAGAAGCUCAAGCUGCAGCUGCAGCAGCAGCAGCCGAAGCAGCAGCAGCAGCAUCUCCAGCAGCAGCAGCGCCUCCAGCGUCAGCAGCAGCAGCACCAGCAGCAGCAGCUCCAGCAGCAGCAGCAGCAGCUCCAGCAGCAGCAGCAGCAGCUCCAGCAGCAGCAGCAGCAGGGUCCGAAUCCGUUUGCUGCUGCGCUGUGCGCAGCAAAUUAAAUGCAUGCGGAGACCUCUGGAGGCAUUUUGUUUGA